GUGUUGACAAAUUGUAAUGUUCAUUCCCUUUACUUUGGAGUUGUCCGUCAGAGGUCUCCAGGGCAAAACAUAUUCAUCACACAGUGGGAAAUGGAGACACUUCCCAAGAAAUCUGAGUGUAACACCUUAACUGGACUUAGAGAAUGUUUUAGACCCACGGCAGGAAGUGUUCAUGUUAUUGUCUCCUAUGACAUACAUAAAAGUAUUGGUCUCAUUCCUCACCUCAUUUUAAAUGUGCAGAAACUAUUGCCAGAUUUUCCUUUCCACACAACUGAGGGAAUUCUGCAUACGCUGACUGGGUAGAACAUUCCAAGUCAUCCUCCUAUUACGUCAGCGCCAUCAUCCCCACGUAAGAGAGCAGGAAGCAUGACAUUUUACACAAGCUGUUGUUUAAACUCAAAUCAUUCCCAUUUGAAAUGGAAGCUUAGCAAUUUUUCUUCAUGUUGCUCUCAGAGGGAUUACGAAAGAGGAUGUUCUCAAACAUUUCUUUCUCUCUGGAUUAGGAACAAACACCUGCUUUGGAGGCUCAGUGUCUCUGUAGCAAGCUGAUAAAGAAACUUGGGGAAACUUUAACAUCUCUCACUCCUUAAGUAUACUUUGCUUCUUGAUAGUAGGUGAUUGAAACUUUCUGUGCAGGAAGGAAUGUGUCAUUAUUUUCUUUUUUUUUAUGAAAUUAACUUUUCUUUAAAUGGUGCCUCAUGAUAGAAAUCCAACUAGAAAUAGCAUUCUAAAAUAAUGUAGCAAUUUUUUAUUGUUUCCAGAAGUGAUGCCGUGAAAGUUAGUGUUCAUUGAGACUUGGAGAUAAAAUUUAUGUGAUAAAUAUUUAAAUUCACUGGAGCCACAGUUUCCAAACUAAAAGCAGCCUGGUCUUGGUGGCUACAUUUAGGGGAUUUUUUAAAAAGAACAUAUACCUAUAAAUACCUUGAAUUAAAGACACAGCAUCUCUUUAAAGUUUCCUUUAUGUUCAUGUAAAGCAGAAGAUAUUUCAGAUCACAAUGAAAUCUUACAUUUGGUUUGUAGGAAAGAAAUCUCUAGUUUGAAAGGUGUUAGAUAGUGGCUGCCUGUCUUAAGGGGAGGAUUGUCCAUAUUUUCUGAAUUUUUUUCUUAGCUACUCCAGGAAAAAACCAAAGGCUAUCUAUAUUACUUGGAUGCAAGAAUGGAGUUUUAAAUGCUGACAUUGGAUUGUCUUUGCUUUCACACAACUAUAGCCAUCUAUUAGAGGUAAAUGUCAAGAAGAGUGCUGUGUUCUUUGGCCGUCCACUCAGCAGACUCCCACAGGUUCUCAUAUGAUUCAUUCAAGUAAAAUCACCAUUCAUUUUGUGACAACUAUAUUUACAACAUCCUUACAGAUAUAAUGAAAAAAAAUAGCAUUCCACCAAAAGCAUCCCAUCCUACUCCUUCCCGUGUCUUACCAUGGAUCAAGUACAGCCUGAUCAUCCAUUCAGCAAAUACUUACUAACUGCCUACCGCAUCCAUGGUAUUAUUAGGCAUUUUGAGUUCUGCCCUAAUGUGACCCUUGAGUGACAUCUACCAUUGGUAGAUAUCAGAGAUAUCUAACUGGGUAGAGCCCUAGUUACUUUGAGGAACUCUGACUUUUGUUUGCAUGUGCUUUUACUCAUUUCAAUCUUGGUGUACCCAGUAUGUUUUGAGUCCCUACUGUAUACCUCAUAUUGGAUUGGAUACAGGGGAUACCAUGAAGAACAAAGCAGACAAGAUUGCUAUCAUGGAACUUGCUGUCUAACUGUGUAGGGAAUGCCUUUGUGUACCAGUAAGCAAGGCAAAGUGGCUAUGCUGAUCUCUUAGUCAAAAAGAGAGUUUUUAUUAAAAGGAAAAAAAAAAAAAGGAAAAACACAUCAGAACAAGGAGGCAACACCAUCAUCAAAAGAUUCUACAUCAGGGUCUCACCUCAGAAGAGGCAUUUCAGCUAGCAAACCACAGGCCACAUUUGUGAGCCAUCUCUUCCUACCAGUAACAGAAACUUGGGUUAAAUUCUUGCCACCAGGAUGGGGAAACAGAACAGCAAGCUGCGCCCGGAGGUCAUGCAGGACUUGCUGGAAAGCACAGACUUUACAGAGCACGAGAUCCAGGAAUGGUACAAAGGCUUCUUGAGAGACUGCCCCAGUGGACAUUUGUCAAUGGAAGAGUUUAAGAAAAUAUAUGGGAACUUUUUCCCUUAUGGGGAUGCUUCCAAAUUUGCAGAGCAUGUCUUCCGCACCUUCGAUGCAAAUGGAGAUGGGACAAUAGACUUUAGAGAAUUCAUCAUAGCCCUGAGUGUCACAUCAAGGGGGAAGUUGGAGCAGAAGCUGAAAUGGGCCUUCAGCAUGUAUGACCUGGAUGGAAACGGCUACAUUAGCAAGGCAGAGAUGCUGGAGAUUGUGCAGGCGAUCUACAAGAUGGUUUCCUCCGUGAUGAAAAUGCCUGAAGAUGAGUCAACCCCAGAGAAAAGGACAGAGAAGAUCUUCCGCCAGAUGGACACUAACAGAGAUGGAAAACUCUCCCUGGAAGAGUUCAUCCGAGGGGCCAAAAGUGACCCGUCCAUUGUGCGCCUCCUUCAGUGUGACCCCAGCAGCGCCGGCCAGUUCUGAACCUCCCUACACCACGAAUCCUAGAGCUUCUUGUGUUCCCUUUUGAUUCUUCUUUUUAAUUUGUUGUUGUUGUUGUUCAUUUUUUUUUCUUGCCAAACAAUAUUGAUGGUGACACUGUCCCCUGUGCGGUCAGAUGCAUCUUCCUCCGUGACACCCUCGCCUGCAGCUUCUCUCAUCGUGGACGCUUCGUGGGAAUGCCCAAAGCCUCCUCAGUGCACUCGUGGGAAGCAUGAACAGACUUUGUGGUGUUCGUCGUUCAAUGACUUUUUAAUUGUUGUUAUAUUUUUUCCUUUUGAUUCUAAUGUCUUGGUUCUGAAACUUAAACCUCUGGGGAAGGGCCAAGCAAAGGGAAUUGCACACGGCCUGGUGCAGUGAUUUACUGCAAGCUUCUGGGAGAUUUGUUGGAAAAAUGGAAUUCCCCAGUUGGGUCUGUCCAUACACAUCCUAGGGGCUGAAAUAGCACCAGAGGCUGGGUUCCCCAAGAACAAGUUAUCCUUUGGGGUGAGGCUAUUAAAAAUGAGUUGGGAUGUUUCCACCUUACCCUUUACCCCAACAGGCUGUAGUUUCUAAGCUGUGAACAUUUCAAAGUAGAUGAAUAGAGGAGAGAGAAAAGAUAGCUCAGCUAUUUUCUCAAGGUUUACACUAGUUGAGCUAAGAUGGGUUUCUUUGGAAAUCCAACACAAAAGGCAACAUAGUCCAAGAACCAGACCUAUUUGUUGUCUCUUGUAAUUUCAAACAAGAACAGAAGACUGCUGUAUAUAAAAUAUUGGAUAUUACAGACCAAAUUAAGUGUUUUGCCUUGUAAAUGCAUGUUUAGUGAGCACUAAUACAAUCUUAUUAUG